GAAUUUCAUAGCUGACUCAUCGAAGCAAUCUCUCCAACUCUCACACGCCAAAUGCUUCGAUUCCAUAAAGCUUCCCGUCGGUGUAUCACUGUGUGAUCAAUUGCAUUACUCGAGCGAGAGAGAGAGCGAGAGGUGUUAAAAUUUUCGUAUGAUCGGCGAGUUUGAAGAUUCCGAUCAGAAUGUCGUCGGCGUUGACUCCUCGCGCAGCUGCUUAUCUCGGUGCCGUCGCUCUACAAAUUGAGAAGAAGCUCCAACGCGCUUUAGCUUCGGCAUCGCAGAGCCGGAACUUGCUGCAGGAGUUGUUCGCCGACAUAGCUUUGGAGGUGGAUGAUCGCGCUAAAGAGAUUAUUUUUGAAGAGGAAGGUGUAGUUUAUGGUGCAGAAGAUAGAUAUGGUCGUGCAUACUGCUUCUACGAUGUCCUCGCUGAUUAUUUUGUAAGCACGCCGAAGAGUGGAGAUUCGAUAAUUGAUCUCAUAGUACAACUCUGGAGCCAGUCAUUUGCAUCUAAUAUAUUUUGCCUUUUGUUCUACAAGAGGAUGUUUGAGGUUCGGUUUGAUAAUCUUGAUGUCAUACUGCGUUACUCAUCUGCUCUAGUCCAAGGUGCUAAAAAUGUCUUCUGGACUGACGUUCAUACGAAUGCAAGGCGCUUCUCAAGUCUCUUUAUUUAUCUUCUUGAAGAAGUUGCUUUCCGUCCAGAGAGAUUAAAGACGAUCUCCCCACAGGCUCAAAGAGACCUUUUUCUUCUUCUCUCAAGAUUCCUAUUUUUCUAUGACACAGAUGAUCGACUUGAAAUAUUUUUGAAGCAAUUUCCAGAUUUUCCAAAUGCCAUUUUAGUUGGUGGUGCACCAGACAUAUUUGUCAGUGAACUAGCUAAUCAGCUUCAGGAAUUGAAGGUAGAACCGGUUCUUCUUCAUUACUUAUCUCGUGUAAAAGUUCUUCAAGGCCUAGAAAUAAGAGUAGCAACAAGUAGAAGAUUAAAAACAUGCUUAUAUAGUUUCACAUCCCCUGGUGGUCCCAUGUACCCGACAAGAGAUGUUCGUCAUGCAGCAUGGGAUGCUUUAGACUUUCUUUUCCCUGUUGGGAAAUAUCCUAGACACAUAAUCAGUCUCUUCUUUCAACUACUUUAUCCAUGGUACUGGCCUUCUACUUGUUGGAACUUGAUACGUUCUUGUGUAAGAGCUAUCCUAUAUUAUGUGUUGAUGUUGUUAUUCUCCUCCUGGGAAAGACUGACCAAAUUGAAACCGUCAUAGGUGUCGAUAACUAGUUGUGAAAGGAAUAUAGAGAGGGUUGUGCGAGUCUAAUUCUAAUGUUGGACCCUGCCUAAUGUAAUGGCAUUGAAUGCUGUGUUGUGCAAUAUGUAAUAAUAAAUGUAACUCAAUUAUGUAGCACUCGCAAACUCUGGCAAUAUUAUAAAGACUUCAUUCACAUA